AUGUUGACGCAGGACGAUUUGAAGGCCAAGCUAGAGAAAGAAAUACCUAACUUCUACCAUGCACUUAUAACAGAUACAUCAAAUGGGUGUGGGCAGUCAUUCGAUGUAGUCGUCGUUAGCGACGUAUUUGUUGGAAAGAAUAAGCUAUCGCGUUGUAGGAUAGUGAAUAAGGCGUUAGCUGAAGAAGUAGCCCAAAUUCAUGCGUUUGGCUGUAAGUGCUAUACAACCAAUGAAUGGAAUGAAAUUCUAGGGAACUAG